CAGCUGCACAUAUACAAGCGGAAAGUGUGAAGAAACUCUAAGGAGCAGAAACAUGGCAUCCAAAGGAGUCGCAGUUGGCAUUGAUCUCGGCACUACCUACUCCUGCGUUGGUGUUUUCCAGCAUGGUAAAGUAGAGAUCAUCGCUAAUGACCAAGGGAAUCGCACCACUCCUAGCUAUGUGGCUUUCACAGAUACAGAAAGGUUGAUUGGUGAUGCAGCCAAGAAUCAAGUGGCAAUGAAUCCCCAGAAUACAGUCUUUGAUGCUAAGAGACUUAUAGGAAGAAAGUUUAAUGAUCCCGUGCUUCAGACAGACCUGAAGCACUGGCCGUUCCAAGUGGUAAGCGAUCAUGGGAAGCCAAAGGUUAAAGUGGAGUUUAAAGGAGAGGAGAAAAACUUCUUUCCCGAGGAGAUCUCAUCUAUGGUGCUUAUAAAGAUGAAAGAGACAGCAGAAGCUUACCUGGGCCACCCUGUUACCAAUGCUGUUAUUACUGUGCCAGCCUACUUUAAUGAUUCUCAGAGACAGGCCACAAAGGAUGCUGGUGUCAUUGCAGGACUAAAUGUUUUGAGAAUCAUCAAUGAGCCUACAGCAGCUGCUAUUGCUUAUGGCCUAGAUAAAGGAACCAGAGGAGAGCGCAAUGUUCUUAUCUUUGAUUUGGGAGGUGGAACAUUCGAUGUCUCCAUCCUUACUAUAGAUGAUGGCAUCUUUGAAGUUAAGGCAACAGCAGGUGACACACAUCUAGGUGGAGAAGACUUUGACAAUCGUAUGGUCAAUCAUUUUAUGGAGGAAUUCAAGCGAAAACACAAGAAGGAUAUCAGCCAGAACAAAAGAGCUCUAAGGAGGCUGAGGACAGCCUGUGAGCGAGCCAAGCGCACCCUGUCAUCCAGUAGCCAGGCAAGCAUUGAAAUUGACUCCCUGUUUGAAGGUAUUGACUUCUACACAUCCAUCACCAGGGCCCGCUUUGAAGAACUGUGCUCUGACCUCUUCAGGGGUACAUUGGAACCUGUGGAAAAGGCUCUGAGAGACGCCAAGUUGGACAAAUCACAGAUAGAUGAGAUUGUCCUUGUGGGAGGUUCCACACGCAUUCCUAAAGUGCAAAAAUUGCUUCAAGACUUCUUUAAUGGCAGAGAGCUAAACAAGAGCAUAAAUCCUGAUGAAGCUGUGGCAUAUGGAGCUGCUGUACAGGCUGCCAUCCUAAUGGGUGACAAAUCAGAGAAUGUGCAAGACUUACUUCUGCUGGAUGUUGCACCUUUAUCACUGGGCUUGGAGACAGCAGGAGGAGUAAUGACUGUGCUUAUCAAACGAAACACAACUAUCCCAACCAAGCAGACACAGACCUUUACAACAUACUCUGACAAUCAGCCUGGUGUACUUAUCCAGGUGUUUGAGGGAGAGAGGGCUAUGACCAAAGACAAUAAUCUUUUGGGGAAGUUUGAGUUAAGUGGAAUUCCCCCUGCUCCUAGAGGAGUUCCUCAGAUUGAAGUCACCUUUGACAUUGAUGCUAAUGGCAUACUAAAUGUUUCUGCUGUGGAAAAGAGCUCUGGCAAACAGAAUAAGAUUACAAUUACAAAUGACAAAGGGCGGCUGAGUAAAGAGGACAUUGAAAAGAUGGUACAGGAGGCAGAAAGGUACAAGGCUGAUGAUGAUGCUCAAAGAGAAAAGAUUGAUGCCAAAAACUCACUAGAAUCUUAUGCCUUUAACUUAAAAAGCAUGGUAGAAGAUGAAAAUAUGAAGGGCAAAAUCAGUGAAGGAGACAAAAGAAUUAUUUCAGAGAAAUGCACACAGAUAAUUUCCUGGCUUGAAAACAACCAGCUGGCAGAGAAAGACGAGUAUGCCUUCCAGCAAAAAGAACUAGAGAGGGUAUGCCAACCUAUUAUUACAAAACUGUAUCAAGGCAGUAUGCCAGGAAGCAUGCCAGGUUCUAGCUGUGGUGCUCAGGCCCGACAAGGUGGCAGCUCUGGACCCACUAUUGAAGAAGUUGAUUAAGAACUUGCUAAGUGAAUACUAUUUUUUUAAUACAUUACUACUGUUAAUUAAUUAUUGCAAAAUAUUGGAUGAUAUCUGUUGCAAUUAUGACAACUGAAAUCUUCUGUUGCAUGUAGUAUGUGCAUUAGCAAUGCAACUCCUUUUUUAUCUCAGUGUAAAGUAAUAAGUAUUCUUAUAUAUAACACAGUAUGCAAUACCAACAUAGUUAGUCAACAAAAUAAUCUGUAUGAUUUUGUCUGUACUGUAUUAUGUCAUUAUAUAGUUUAAUUUUGUUUUUAAGAAACACCUUUCAUCCACAAAUUACAUUUUAAAGGUAUUAAAGCAGACAUUUAAUUUCAGGAAAAGUACUGCAUUGUUCCUUUUGUAAAGCUGAACAUUUAAAAUUGUUUUCAUAUAAUUGCGUGUAUUUUGCUUGUAAUUUUGUUAAUAUACUGUGUCUUUUUGGUGAUUUUUAUAUAUUGUUGCUUAAUGUACAGUAUCAUAUUAGUGUAAACUGUGUUUUACAUUUUAAUGAAUAAAAAUAAACACAUUUAAGCAGUUUAACCUCUUGUUUAAUUCAUCUUUAUUCUACCUUGCUUGAUGUGUCAUUUUGAGUAAAGUGUCAUAAUUCUCAGUCACUUGUAUAUCAUAUUAGCAAAAUUUAAUAGCUGUGAUAAACAUUUUACUUGUAUUUUUCUGUCUUUCUGCUUAUUCCCACAGCCACUUCCUACUCUACAAUCAUCUGCUGGUACUGCAGUUUCAGAACUUACACAUUUGCCUGUCACUUGCAAAUGCUAUUUAAAACAAAUAUGUUAUAAGGCUGCAUUGUGUGCAUUUGCAGUGUAAUCAAGUGAUGCAGCACUGUUAAUUGUAUAAAAAGAAAAACAGUAUGUUAGCAUAAAUAUGUAUUUUUGUCAUUAAAGGUGACUUGUCGCUCAGACAUAAAAAGCUGUAUAAUAAAACUCCUGUUCAAAUUAAA